AUGGGGGCGGCGGGUGAGGAGGGGGCGCGGGAAGGGGCUGGGGAGGGGGCUGGGAGGGACCCAGGGCUGUGUGCGCUGCUGCUGCUGCUGUUGGGGGUCCCGGGGCGCCCCCAGCCCCCCCCCGAGGGCCCCCCCUCGCUCUGCGACCCCCGAGUGAUGGAGCGCUUCAUCCUGGAGGCGCGCGACGCCGAGCGGGGGGCGGCCGGGUGUGGCCCCCACUGCGACCUCCCCGAGGCCGUGGCCGUGCCCGACCCCGGCGUCAACUUCAACCUCUGGAGGAGCCUGGACGCGGCGUCCCGGGCCCGGGAGGUGGCGGCGGGGCAGGGCGCUGUGCUGCGGGCGCGGGAGCUGCUGCGGGACCCCCGGGUGCGCCCCAGCCUGGACCGCGCCUACGGGGCCGCGCGGAGCCUGGCGCGGCUGCUGCGGGGGCUGCCCGCGCCGGCCACGCCCCCGCCCGCGCCCCCCGCCCCCGUGCGGGUCCGGACCCUCCCCCGGCUCCUGGGGGUCCUGAGCCGCUUCCUGCGGGGAAAGGUGCGGCUGUACCUGGCGGACACCUGCCCGCGGUGACAGCUGC